UGCUAACCUCCCCGCCCCGCCGCCCCUCCCCGGCGCCCCCCGCCCCUCCCCUCCCCCUGCCCGAAAGACGCGCAUCGCCGCCCGGAGUGGCGCCUCCAGUCGCGGCGGCCGCGGCGGUGGCGGCGGAUGGGGGGCGCGAGCGGGCGGCCGCGGCGGCUGCACCCGGCGGGGCGCUGAUGCGGCGCCUGAACCUUCGCUGCGCGACUUCGGGGGCGUCGGCCGAGUGGGCUCUCCGCGAUGCAGCUCCUGAAGGCGCUCUGGGCACUCGCGGGGGCCGCGCUCUGCUGCUUCCUGGUCCUGGUGAUCCACGCGCAGUUCCUCAAAGAAGGUCAGCUGGCCGCUGGCACCUGUGAGAUUGUGACCCUGGACCGGGACAGCAGCCAGCCUCGGAGGACGAUCGCCCGGCAGACGGCUCGCUGCGCCUGCAGAAAGGGGCAGAUCGCGGGCACCACGAGAGCCCGACCCGCCUGCGUGGACGCGCGGAUCAUCAAGACAAAGCAGUGGUGCGACAUGCUGCCGUGUCUGGAGGGCGAAGGCUGUGACCUCCUCACCAACCGGUCAGGCUGGACGUGCACGCAGCCCGGCGGGCGGGUGAAGACCACAACGGUCUCCUGACAGACGCAGCCCUAGAGGGGCCCCGGGAGUGGCCUUGGCUCCCCGGAGAGUCCACGCCUCAGCCACGGUCCUCUGUCUGCUGCGGACUCAACCCGCUCUCCACCAUCUGCCCACCCUCCGUCUCUCUGUAGCCCGUCAAGGACAGCCUGCUUCCUCGGGGUCCCGAGCUGAGUGUGUGCACCGCGGUGAGGAGUCUGGCCUGGGACACCCAGCGGGGGCCGCACCGGCUGUCCGUGGGAGCCUGGCCUCACCCGCCGUCCCUGGCCGCGGCCGGGGCUGUGCGCGCCAAGGAGGACGAGGGCGCGGCCGCAGGGGACGGCUGCCCAGCCAGCCCGGGAGAGGAAGACCACGCCAGGCCCGGGGGAGGACUGGCCCUCGGGCACAGAAGAGGCCUCUCCGUGUGCCCCAGACUGUCCGAAUCACUUUUAUUUUCGUAUUUCAGUAUACUCAAUAGACCAAAGAGAAACAUCUAUUUUAACUCGGACUCGCCCUGGCCAUCGGAGUCCCCAGGCUCGGCCGGGGCCCGUGGGGGCAGAGACAUGCCAGCGGGGCGCAGAGGGCGGCCCCGGCAGAGGCCUCGCUGCCACGGACACCGCGGGGCGCGCUGAGAGGGGCCGAGCCGGCGGAGGACGCCGCGGCAGCCCCCGGGGCCCAGCCGGCGAUGCCCCCACCCAGACCCGGCCGUGGGCCAGUGCGGCUCGCCGGGGACACAGGGCACCGCGCUCCCCCUCCCUGUACCUAGCUGGACUGGACCGACUAAAACCACGUUCUGUUUUAACCAGUUAAACACGCCUCUCUGCAGCUCAUCUCCGGUAGUGGGGUAAUCCAGUAUCCGCCAAGAGCAUGUUGGGUCUCCCGUGACCGCUGUCCGCUCGACACAACCAUUUAGCUCCAGAAAGCAAAUUAAAGAAACCUGAAGUAA